AUGUUUGUACCUGGCUUUGUUCUUCUGUGUCUCAGUUCAGAAUUCAUUGACAGAUUCAUAUUUGGGGGUCUCUGUUUGGUGCAGGUUACGGUCUCUUCUACCCCAGUGAAAAGGAUUCGGGUCCCUGAGAACUACAGAGGGCCCUGGCCCUGGUAUCUGACCAAGAUAGAAAUGGCAGCAGAUGUCUGGCAGAACGCAGUGCUGGCUGGAAACGAGGACGGAAUAUUUGGGCUGGAUCCGGUCUCAGGAUUUCUGUACGCUCUCAAGCCCUUCGAUCGGGAGGAGAAGGCGAACUACACCGUAACGGUGAUCGGCGGUAAGGAAACCGUUCCGGUAAAUAUAGACGUGAUGGAUGACAACGACAACACACCGGUCCUGGACCAAAGCACGUUACAUGGCAUCGUCUGCAGAGGAACACAAGCAGGGGUCUCAUUCCUGCAUGUCGUGGCCACAGACGGAGAUGACCCAACCACAGAGAAUGCCGACUUACGCUACACAAUCAUCCAAUCAGAUGAGAGCUGGUUCCAGAUAGAGCCAAGGACAGGAGCUGUGUCCCUAACAGAGCAAGGUGUCACCUACCUUUCUCGGAGUGAUGUCAGCCAUUUUCGGCUUAUGGUUGAGGCAAAGGAUCUGGGCGGUCGUCCUUUGGCGUUUUCGGCUUCCGGUCAUCUGGAAAUCGUUGUGGCAGAAAACACCUGGAGCUCUCCUAGCCCUGUUUCCAUCCCUGAGAAUCUGAGAAGAGAUUAUCCCUUCCUCAUAUCUAAAGUGCUCUGGAACUGUACGGAGGUCCGCUAUGAACUGUCAGGAAGCUUUGUAGGAGAUCUGUUCACCAUUGAUGAGAGCGGAAAUAUUUAUGUCACCGAAGAACUCGACUGGGAGAGACAAUCAGAGUACCAGAUCACGGUGUCGGCGCUGAACGCUGAGGGCGUCCUCUACAGUGAACCUUUACAUUUAACAGUCGCUGUGACCGAUGAGAAUGACAACGCACCGGCAUUUAACCAAGACACCUACGUUGUAGAGAUUACAGAGGCCACAAAGAAAGGUUCUCUGCUCCUGGAACUGAAGGCUGAGGAUGCAGAUGACCCCUCUACUCGGAAUGCAGAGAUUGAAUAUAACAUCGAGAGCCAGGAGCCUCGGCUGCCCAGGGAUGGCCUAUUCCAUAUUGGAAAGAGAAGUGGGCAGCUGACCUUACUGGGCGACGGUCUGAAGCCCAACCGAUAUACCCUGAUAGUAUCUGCCGCCGACUGGGCUGAGGAACUGGGAGGGCUCAGAGACAGCUGCACAGUUAUAAUCAAUGUGAAGGACGCGAAUGACAAUCCGCCGGUCUUCAUUCACAAUCAGUUUCCAGCGUUUAUUAUCGCUGAGGAUGCUGCGCCCGGUACAACCAUCGUGACACUGGCGGCGAUUGAUGAUGAUGUGGAAACGGUAAAUAAAGCAAUGGAGUUCUCCAUACAGUCCGGGAAUGAAGACGGAACCUUCCGCAUUGAACUGGAUGGGGACCAGAACGCCAUCACCGUCUUCCUGGAAAAGGAUUUGGAUGAGCUUGUUCCAGAAUAUCGCCUUGUGGUCGCGGUGAGGAACGUGGUGGAGCUCCUCGGGGUGGAAUAUGGUCCCAACUCUACAGCCUCCAUUAUAAUCUCUCUCAGUAAUGUCAAUGAAGCCCCGGUCUUCACAGAGGAGAAAUAUGAAGUCCAAGUACCAGAGAACACUCUGCCUGGGACGCUCAUUCUGAAUGUGUCAGCCUCCGAUCCCGAUGUCCACCACCAGGCCGGCCUCAGAUACAGUAUCAGAGGUGACGGCAGGGAUUUGUUGUCCAUCCAGGAGGUUUCUGGGAAAAUCCAGUUGCGGCAAAUGAUGGACAGAGAGCAAUAUGGUGACACUUAUCGUGUGUCAGUCUUGGCGCAGGAGGCAGGUGACAGUGGUCUUUCGGCCUCGGCAGAAGUUGUGAUCCAUAUCCUGGACGUCAAUGAUAAUAUUCCAACUCUGAUUGGAGACUAUAGAUCUGAAUAUUUCUGCACCCCAAAGAGGGAGGAGCAGAGAACUAUUAUCACAGCGUUCGACAGGGAUUCACCAGAAAACAGCGCCCCCUUCACGUUCAGCUUACCCAACAAUGCAGAACUGCGGAGUCAAUGGAUGCUGACCGCCAUUAAUGGGACGCACGCUUAUCUGUCAAUGAGGAGCCAUCACCUGGAUUCCAAAGUCCACAAAGUGCCCAUCAUCAUCGCUGACAGCGGGGCGAAGCCUCAGAGCAGACAUGUGUCCAUCCAAGUUUUGGUGUGUCAUUGUAACAACAGAGCUGUGUGCAAAGUGGACGUAGGCAAGAUGCCGGGCAUGCCAACCCUAUCCUCCGCGCUGGGCAUCCUCCUGGGCACACUGGGGGCGAUAGGGAUCAUCCUCAUCAUUAUCUUCACUCACUUGGCACUCUCAGCGCCACGCCAGAAGUCAGGAACGAUGGACGACGUUCCGCUGAAGAGCGCAAUUUGAAGACCUAUAGUUAUAAGUCGGAGCGUUUUGUACCGUUUCCUUCCAGCGGCAAAAUAGUUUGUGUUGGGCUCCCUGUGGUUCUGAUUAACCCCAAGAUAAUGCCCAACUUUUUCACAGAUUCAAUAUGGCUGAACACUGCUAAUUGAAUACGGCCCCUCCCCCCCCCCCCCCCAGGGGAAAUAUUGAUACAUAGGAAUGUGAAAAAGAUUUGUCAAGUCACCACAUCCCAUAAACUAUAAAAUACACAUGGAAUACAGAGUGGGGACAUUUAGGGUGCCAGACAGAGAUAAUCUACUACAUCAGGGAUAAGCAAUUAGCGGACCUCCAGCUGUUGCAAAACUACAAGUCCCAUCAUGCCUCUGCCUCUGGGUUCA